UUGCAGUCCUGGAGCUGCAGUCGAGAGGAACUCAUUGUGCUUGUGCCGGAGACGGUUGACCUGAAGAAUUUUAUACCCCAAGUUGGCAACGCCCCGUCCAUUUCCUCCGGAUUUCCCCCGGCAUCUCCGGCAGAUUCCCCAGAGCGGCGACGCGUUUACGCCAAACGUUUAUAGUCGCCGGGAGCGGCGUUCUUAGCGCCGUCCCGUCUGGUCCAGGGACGAUGGGGAGCGACGCCCGCGGUGCCGCGUACAGGCGCUGGGACACGUCGGGGAGCUCGCAGUACAGCUUCAGGACAUCGGUGAGCAGCGUGGCCGAUAUCGGCGGCGAGAUUGUGGAGGUGAGCCAGGCCGGCGGCGAGAUUGUGGAGGAGGCGAGCCAGGCGGCCGAGGACAAGGUGUUCGUGGCCGUCGACGAAGAGUUCAAGCGCGGGAAGAGCGCACUGCAGUGGGCGCUGCAGAACCUGGCCAAGGACGGCGCACAGGUCGUGGUAGCUCACGUCCACCGCCCCGCGCAGAUGAUCCCCAUGAUGGGAGCGAAAAUGCAUUAUACCAGGAUGCAUCCAGAACAGGUCAAGGACCACAGAAAGAAGGAGCUAGAAAAAACAUCGGGAAGACUAGAUGAAUAUGUUGUGCUAUGCACAAGACUCAAGGUCAGCUGUGAUAAAAUAAUAGUUGAGAACGAUGAUGUUGCUAAAGGACUUGAGGAGCUUAUUACCCUUCAUGGCAUCACCAAGCUUGUCAUGGGAGCAGUAUCGGACAAACAUUACUCAAAGAAACUGAAAACACCAAAGUCCAAGACAUCACUCAGACUGAUGGAGGCAGGGGCCUCAUCAUGUACGAUAUGGUUUACAUGUAAAGGACAACUGAUAUGUACCAGGGAAGCAAACACAACCGUUCCUAUGAUACCACCAUCGCCCAUAAGCACGGUUGCAUCAACAUUAUCAGCAAGCAGCAUUUCCAGCCAUAGGAGAUCAAUUACGAGUCACCUGCCAGAGAGUGAAGCACCAAGCUCAAAUGGAAGUCCAUGGCAUGAUCUGAACAGCUCAAGAACAGACAUGACACAGCAUCCCUCUCGAGGAGCCGGACAUGACAUACCAUCUCAGCUAUUUGAACCUUCGGAACUCAAUACGAACGACAGGACACCAAGAACACCAUUGAGUUCUACGGGUUCAUGGGAUGAAUAUGGGAGGAGAUCACAAGGCUCCUGGUACAGUUUAUCAAGGAAUGAUGAUGCAAUCAGUGUGCCUGGACCAGCAAUGGAGCCUCCGAUGCAUGAGUCUGAUGAUGACCAUUUUCUGCCUCCUUCUCAUGAGCUGGAGGAGAAUCUAGGCGUUGAUGUAGGUAUUUAUGGUAGACUUGAAGAGGCUCUCCGCGAAACUCAAGAAUCAAAGAAAGAAGUGUUCGAAGAAUCAACCAAGCGGCGAAAAGCAGAACUUGAUCUGCUUUCAGCUCUUCAGAAGGCCAAGGAGCUGGAGAGGUUGUAUCAUCACGAGAUAAGACAGCGGAGAACAGUUGAGGAGACACUGCUGAGACAGACACGUGAGCUCCAAGAAAUAAAAAUUCAGCGCGACACAAUAUGUGAUGAACUACAUGAUGCAGAAGAAGAGAAGGCUAUCUUGGAGCAGCGCAUAACAGAGAUGCAGUCUGCUCUGGAAGAUCACCAGGACAAGAUGGCAACAAGCAAGCACCUUGUAGAAGAACUCCAAGCAGAUAAAGGGAAGCUGCAACAAGAGAGGGAUGCUGCAGUAGCUACGGCUGAAGAGUUGCGCCAGAAGAACGAACAGAGGAUUUCGAUGCCGGCUGAGGCACUAAACACCGAGUUCUCCACCUUUGAGCUCAAACAGGCAACUCGAAGCUUCGAUGAAGCGCUCAAGAUCGGCGAGGGUGGGUACGGAUGUGUGUACAAAGGCUCACUUCGCAGCACAACGGUGGCCAUAAAGUUGCUGCAUCCAGAGAGCUUGCAGGGCCAGUCUGAAUUCAACCAAGAGGUUGCAGUCCUCAGCAGAGUACGGCAUCCGAACCUCGUCACGCUGAUCGGGUCAUGCCGGGAGGCGUUCGGCCUGGUGUACGAGUUCCUCCCGAACGGCAGCCUCGAGGAGCGGCUCGCCUGCACGAAUAACACGCCGCCAUUGACAUGGCAAGUUCGCACCAGGAUCAUCUACGAGAUGUGCUCGGCCCUGACGUUCCUCCACUCGAACAAGCCGCACCCAGUGGUCCAUGGCGACCUGAAGCCGGCCAACAUCCUCCUGGACGCCAACCUCGUCAGCAAGCUGGGGGACUUCGGCAUCUGCCGGCUUCUGAUACAGUCCAACAACUCCGCCAACACCACCAAGCUGUACCGGACAACCACCCCGAGGGGCACCUUCGCGUACAUGGAUCCGGAGUUCAUGUCCACCGGCGAGCUCACGCCGCGCUCGGACGUGUACUCCUUCGGCAUCAUCAUUCUGCAGCUCCUGACGGGCCGGCCGCCCCAGAAGAUCGCCGACGUGGUGGAGGACGCGAUGGAGAAGGGGGAUCUGCACUCCAUCAUCGAUCCCUCCGCGGGAAGCUGGCCGUUCGUGCAAGCAAACCAGCUGGCGCACCUCGGCCUGCGGUGUGCCGAGAUGAGCAGGAGGCGCCGGCCAGAUCUUGCCCGCGAGGUGUGGGUGGUGGUGGAGCCCCUGAUGAAAGCCGCCUCGCUGACCGCCAGGCGACCGACGUUCACGACAGCUUCGGCGGAUGAAGAUGAUGCGUCCACGCCGUCCUACUUCCUCUGCCCGAUCUUUCAGGAGAUGAUGAGUGAUCCGCACAUUGCGGCAGACGGGUUCACGUACGAAGCAGAGGCGAUCAGAGGGUGGCUCGACAGUGGGCAUGACACGUCGCCGAUGACGAACCUAAAGCUCGUGCACCACGAGCUCACCCCAAAUAGGGGCCUCCGCGCCGUGAUUCUCGAGUGGCAACAACAGUUGCAUCAGCGGCAGUACCAUGAAGACUGGAGAUGACAGAUGUCCGAGUCCUUUAAUACACAUGGAAAAUUCCAAUCUCAAAAAUUGUAAAUUGUGCACAAAUGAGUCUGGAUUGAUACUUUUGGGGAUCAAAAUUAUUUGAAGAAGGUGGAAAUUUACCUUGGUGUUCCGGAA